CAAAAAUUUGAUCAUAUCUUCAAAAAAUAAAAAUAAUCAAACUUGUUUAGUGUAUAUUAAUAAAUAAAAAUGGAAUUAUGUAUAAAAAGCAUCUGCAAGCUAAUAAGCCAGUUUAAUCGACUGUGAUAGACUCCGAGCCUCAUUACCUGGACCGGAAUAUAUUUUUUGUAGCCAUAACAAUUGUUCAUAAUGUUUCGAUCAAUUUUGAUCUUUUCGAUAGUUUUAUUGUUAACUGUGUUAAGUGCUGCAGAGCUUCCUGCUGAUGUUUUAAAAUGUAAAAAAACCGACACUGAUUGUCAAAAGGAAAGUCUUCAUCAAACUCUUCAAAAACAUCCUGAUGGAUAUGGUCCUCUAAAUCUUAUUAGAAUUGAACCAUUAACCAUAAAAAGCUUACACUUGCCAAAAGUUGCUGGAAGUCCAGUUGGUAUUGAAUUAAAUUUUAAGGAUAUCAAAAUGCUUGGUAUUAGCGGAGCUAACAUUCAUAAAGUUUCUGGUGUUAAAGAAAAGGGUCAAAAUGUUUUGUAUGAAAUAGAAUGUGAUUUUCCACAAAUUAUAAUAGAUGGGCCUUAUAGUGUGGAUGGACAAGUUCUUGUGUUACCAAUUGUUGGAGAAGGAAACAGCAAAAUUAUAUUUGACAAUGUUGAUUCCAAAAUCAAAGGCAAGGCUUCGCUUGUAGAGAAAGAUGGCAAGAAGUAUCUGAAUGUUGAUAAAGUUCAUUUGGACUUGCAACCAAAGAAGGCAACAUUUGCAUUCGAAAAUCUCUUCAAGGGUGACAAAACUCUUGGAGAUAAUAUGAAUAAGUUUUUAAACGAAAAUUGGGCUGAAGUUUAUAAAGAACUUAAACCAGUUAUUAUGGAAGCUAUGGGUAAAAUUUUGAUUCACAUUUGCAAUGGUGUAUUUUCAAAAAUUGAAUAUUCUGAAAUGUUUUUAACAGAAUAGUUAGUUAAA